UCAGCAGCAACACACCACCAACACACCAGAUCAGACGUCUGGAAAAGAAAACAUGGCCAGCAAAUGUGCUCGUUCAGCACCAGAAGAUCCAGAACUCAGGAUUGUGCUGCUUGGAAAAACUGGAACCGGAAAAAGUGCAGCAGGAAACACCAUCUUGGGGGAGAAACGUUUUCCAUCUAAGUUUUCUCCUUCUUCAGUGACAUCAGAGUGUCAGAAGGAAACAUCUAAAGUUGCUGGUCAGAUGUUGGCUGUAAUUGAUACUCCAGGUCUGUUUGACACCAGAAAAUCUUCUAAAGAUGUUCUAAGAGAGAUUGGUAGAUGCAUCUCCAUGGCUGCUCCUGGUCCUCAUGUCUUCCUGGUUGUUAUCCAGCCAACCAGGUUCACCAAAGAAGAACAAGAGACAGUGAAAAUGAUCCAGAAGAUGUUUGGAAAGGAAUUAUCCAGAUACACCAUGGUUUUGUUCACCCAUGGAGACGAGCUGAAGUUUGAUGGAGUCGCUAUGGACGACCUGUUAAAUGAAAAUCCAGCUCUCAGAGACUUCGUGGAUCAGUGCCAUGGAGGUUAUCAUGUUUUUGACAACAGAGUUAAAGAUUUGUCUCAGGUCUGUGAGCUGCUGAAGAAAAUCAACUUAAUGGUUAAAAGAAACGGAGGAAGCUACUACAACGAAAUGUUCCAAGAGGCUAAGAGAGCCCAGAGAGAAGAAAUGGAAAAGCUUCGGGAAAAAAAUCCAUACAUGAGCCAGGAAGAUGCAAGACGCCAGACAGAGAGAGAUAACUCAUUCAUUAUGGCAAUGGUGGCUGGUUUUACUAGUGGAGCAGUUACUGGAGCAGGAAUUGGAGCUGGUAUUGGAGGACCACUGGGAGCUGCAAUAGGAGCUGUAGUGGGAGGAACAGUGGGAGGCGGAGCGGGAGGCCCAGUGGGAGCUGCUGUGGGAGCAGCUGUUGUAUUGACAAAAGAGGCAUGCACUAUACAGUGAGAAUCACUGUUAAGCUUGUUACAUAAUCCACGAGAAGUUAGAACUUUGUUCUUGGUCUCGAGGCUGCAAGAACAAGAAAAAAAGUAAAUUUUGGUCCAGUCAAUCCGUCCUCCAUGAGAAGCUUCGACCGCGAUGGAGCGGGGAUGUGCAUGUAGCUGUGUCCAUAUCUUUAUUUACCACUGGUGUUGUAUUAAUUUUAGUACCAUCUCAUCACCUCCAUCAGCUGCUAAUUAAAAUGAUCUGUUUAACCUGCAUCGUCUCAGAUGCUUCAUGCUUUUUCACGUUAACCACGCCCACCUCAAAUGUCCGACCAAUCCAAUAGUACUUGUCUGCAGACCUGGAGUCCUGCUGAUUCAGAUCUGCAGAUCUGGACCCGCACUUCUAGACCUCUGAGGCUUUUUGCAACAUUUCCACCUUCAGAAUGAUUGUCAAACUGCAACUGCAUUUCUGGAGCAGCAGGUCCUCCAGACUGUCUGGAAACUGCAACUACUAAAUCAGUGUCCAACUCAAAAACCCAUUUUGUCUAAAGUUACACUUUUAAAGUUUUAUAAUAAGUUAAAUCUUAAAGUAAACGUUGCUAUGCACCGAUAAAAAAUAUAUUUCAUGAAGCUUCAAACAAAAGAAUUCCCUGCCGGAAAUCAGUACUUUGUAGGUUUAUUACAGAAUAAAUUCUAAUAGUUUAAAGGUUUAGUUCACCCCAACAUUUUGGCUUAUUACACCAAACUAUUAAACACUAGCAAUUUGUUAAGUUUGUUUAAUCUGAAUAUGUUUUUCUUACCUUUAUUACACAGUAAAUAUGUAUUAUUAAAUCUUAUUUAUAUAUAGCUUUCACACGUGUUUCAAACCUGCUAAAACAUGACAGGACAUAUCUGGGCCCUGAUGUCCAGUCCUUGUUUUGUUGUGGGAAUUUGAAACAAAGACUGAAACACUGAAAUGUCUGAAAUGUUUUAUUAACUGGUCACAUAUCUUUAAUUUUUAAUUUUGAAUAUUAUUCUUGUUAUGAUACAAAAUGAAUUUUAGCAUAAAGUAUAAAUGGCUAUUAUGUAAAUGUCUGACUUUCAAAAACUGUUAACUGUUUCAAACUUUUAUUAAAAUGUUGACCUGUGCGUGUUUUUCUCACAUCCUACACGUCAUUACUUUAAUCAUUUAUUUAUGUUUUAUUCCUC